GGCAGCUGGCCUGGCUGUACACUAAUAGAUUACACUGAGGAUUUGCGAUUGUUAACAGGGAAGAGAGCUUUAGCUGGAUCCAUUCUGGUAAAAGGCCACUGAGUCUCGCCGAGCCAGCGGAGGACGCAUCCUCGAGGAGGGACCUGUACUUUUUCCCCUCCCGGUUACACAUUUUCUUACAAGCCCAGGUUGCUUCCACCUUAAGAAGGACAUUCGCUAAGACCUGCCACCAUGGAUGAAUGGGACCUCCCACAGUGGAAGAAGGAAGUAGACAGCCUGAAAUACCAACUGGCUUUUAAGAGGGAAAUGUCUUCUAAAACAAUACCUGAGUUGAUGAAGUGGAUAGAAGAUAGCAUUCCAGAAGACCCAUUUCUGAAUCCAGAGCUGAUGAAAAGCAACCCUUGGGUGGAAAAAGGAAAAUGUACCAUACUCUAAUGCCCCUAAAUCCAACUUCACUCCCAAGUGGCUGUGGCUGACAAAAUGGCUUCCUCCUGAGAUAUUCAAUUUUGCAUUAACUCUGAAUGUACAUUUUUUUUAUUAGUUUCCUAAUAUGACUAACUGUACAAACACAUCCUCAUCUUGUCUUAUUAUUUUUAUUAGUAGAAACGAUUCUUUUUUAUACUGAAAAAGCACAGGCCAUAAAAGAGUAAAUUGGUAAGAGAUG